AUGAGUAACAGUGAUUGGAAAUGCAAUUACGAAGUGGCCAAAGUCGAAGCAAAGUCGCUCUCCAACAACCCACCACUCUCCACCUCAUACAACGAGCGAAUCCACACUUUGCUGGACGCCGUUGAUCACCUCCGUCUCCUCAAAGUCGCCCAAGAAGGCAUUCAACUUCCAACUAUCGUGGUCGUCGGCAAUCAAUCUUCCGGCAAGUCUAGCGCACUCGAAUCCCUCGUUGGCAUCGAUCUCCCCGCAGCCAAGGCAUAUGUACCAGGCAAAAGUUUGGUUGAGAAGAUUAUUGCAGAUGAUGUUAACAUCGGCCUAGGAUAUGUCUGUGUGAGGAACCGAAUUGGCGAGGAAUCUUACGAGGAGGCGAGAAGAGAAGAAACUAGUCUUUUUCAGACUCAUCCUCUGCUUUCUAAAAUUGACAAGUCCAUGGUGGGCGUUCCAGUUCUUGCUCAGAGGCUGGUUCAAAUACAAGCAUCCAUAAUCUCAAAAUGA